AUGAACAAAUCGUUUAUACAUAUUAAUCUUGAUACUGUUGUUCAUCCUGAUUUCAUGAGAUUCAUAGAUAUUUUACCCCCUGAUGCAAAAACGAGUAAAUCCGUUCUAGAAGCAAUGGAGAAUCAGAUUUUAGAAAUCAAUGCACUUGUUGCUGAACUAGGACGUGAAUCUGUAAAAUAUAGGAAUAAGCUAUUUAAAUUUCACCCGACUGAUCUGACAGGAAUGCAACCACAAGUUAGAUUUGCAAUCAGGAAGAUGGAAAAGCUCCAAAAGCAACUUGAAAAGUAUUCUGAGAACUUUUUCAGAGAUUCUGUAGCAAAAAUAUCGCCGAUUGCAUGUCUUUUUCAAGAACUUUUCGAUAAAAAAACACCAGCCGUCAUGGAUUUUCAUGAAUUACGAAGAUUUCUUCAAAUGUCGCAUGACGACAAUCCAGUUAAUAUUAUGAAACGUAAAAGAAUCCAAAUUCUUGAUAGUUAUGCAAAAAGAUUAAGUACAGCUCCAAUUUACCCAACAAUUCCAGAAUUACAAAUAGUUGCAGUUGCAAAAGAAGUCUCUUAUACAGUUGAUCCUGUUACAUUGCAUAGUUCCCCAUGUUUUUUGGAUGAUUUUAUUUAUUACUACAUUUAUACUCAUAAUAGCAUUAAAGAUUUCGAUGAGCUUGUGCAAACUGUCUCUGUUGAUAAGAAAUCUAUCAAUAUGAAACCGUUUCAGCCAUUUAUUAAUAGAUAUGUUGAUAGAUUCGGUCAACUUGACAAAAACGAAGUAAUGGUCAUCAGAACAUCAGUCGCUAGGUUCUUCUUUGAUAGAUUCUUCGCUACAAACUCACGGCUUUACAUAAAUCAGCCCGCAAUUGACCAAUUUAUUGCGAAUUGCUCACAAAUGUCAUCCAUGUCUCCCAAAGAGUUGAAAAUUGAAGCAAAGUUCAUCAGAGAUUGCAAUUUCGAAAGAUCUUUUAAGGAAAUCGCAAAUACGGAUGUCAAUUUUCAAGCUGCCCAUAUUCAGUUACUUUUAGCAGGUUUCUAUAGUUACCCAUCCGAUAUUCUACAGUGCAUAUACGCUGCAAUGAAAUGCACUGAAGAAUACGUCAAAAUUGCAAGAUUUGAGAAAGAAUUCGGAACAGAGAAGCCAAUUGACACGACAAGCGAAGAGUUCAUCACAGCCAGCAGCGAUCUUGCUUUUGACGACUUUUUCCCAAUUUUUUCUGCUGUUUUCGCAACUUCCCCUUGUUCAAACGCUCUAGCGAUUCAGCGGUUACUUGAGAUGAUUGAAAAACUUGUCAUUCCGACCACUUUUGACUUUGCCAAGGUCAUUUUUAUGACAUGUGUCUCUCAUAUCAAAUCUUUUUCUUCUGAAACUCAUUGA